AUGGCCUUCGUCUGUCUCCUUUCCUGCCUCACCCUCAUCGGGCUCUCUGUAGGCUCUGGGGCCCCUGCCAGUGACUCAGAGCUGAGUAUUACACCCAGGAUCAUCAAUGGGAAGGACGCUCGUCCUGGUGACUGGCCUUGGCACGUGUCUCUGCUGUCAUCCAGCGGUAACAACAAGUGUGGGGGCUCCCUGAUCGACAGGUUCUGGGUGAUCACUGCUGCCCACUGCAAUAUCACGACCUCUGACCGAGUUAUGACUGGGAUGUUUGAUUUAAACGGCUCUUAUGCUAACGUUGAAUUUCUGAGGAUUGCCCAGGUUUUCACACACCCCUUUUUCAACUUGACCACUGUCUACAGUGACAUCGCCCUGCUGAAACUCGACACGCCUGCUCGUUUCCAUCAAUCAGUGUCCCCUGUUACUCUACCCAGUUUUCAUGGCUUCUUCCUUCCUGGAACCCGGUGCAAAAUUGUGGGCCUGGGUUACCUUUACCCCAAUAGCAGGGUUCGGCCUAAUAAGCUGCAGGAAGCCACUGUUCCUCUGCAUUCAGUGGCCACGUGCAGGAAGUUCUGGCCCAACUUCAGUGGCUACGCCAUGGUCUGUGCGGGGUUCAGACGUGUCAGCUUCUACAUUGAGGCUGAUGGGAGCCUCCUGGCCCCAGACUCCGGCGCCCUUGUUCCUGGGAGUGUGUCCUGGGAUAAGGCACCACCAAAGACCAACAUUGCAGAUAAUGUGUCUGCUAGGGGCGACUCUGGUGGCUCGCUGGUCUGCCGCAAGAAUAGAAAAUGGACCCUGGUGGGCGUCUUGUCCUUUUUUGGUAAAUACAACCCUACCGAGAUUCCCUUUGUGGCCACUCGUGUCUCGAAGUUCAGACCCUGGAUCGACGACAUAAUGUCUCACAACUGA